AUGCCUCAGCCAUGGUUCUUCUCAGCCGUCGCCGCCCCUCAUCCGCCGGCGAUCUCCGAAGAUGGCCGCCUCCUGCUGAAAUCGAACACCGAAAUCAACCAUCUCUCCCACUCGUCGUUUACCGCCGAUCCCACACUGCUGGCUCACCAGCGCCACUCGCCAAUUGCUGCUGCUAGCCAACGUUCGCCGCCGCUGGCAGUCGCCGGAAUCUACCACUGUAUGAACCGAACGAACAUGGAUUCACAAGAUCCAAGCAUAUCGGCCGGCUCCUCAGCGCCAUCCACCAGGGCCGCCCACGACCGCCAUCUAAUACGCCGCUUGAUGCCGCUCGCAGCUGCCAGAAUCUGCCAUUAA